AUGUCCAGCAUCAACUCCGAGAACGCUUCCACUCUGGAGAGCGCUAUGCAGCUGAUGAUUCAGACUUUCCACAAGUACUCUGGUAACGAGGGAGACAAGUACACACUCAGCCGAGCAGAACUCAAAGAGAUGCUCACCCAGGAACUGGGCAGCUAUCUUGGGAACGCGCAGGAUCAAGACGCCGUGGAUAAAGUGAUGGGAGAUCUGGAUUCGAAUAACGACGGCGAGGUUGACUUCACCGAGUUCAUCAUUCUCGUGGGUGCCUUGACUGUAGCCUGCAAUGACUUCUUCCUGGAGUAUCACAAGGACGGGACCAAGAAGAACACAAAGAAAGAGUAG